AUGCCGCGACAAUACCACGCAAACAUGGCGACGCAAACGACAACUCUGCAGCAAACCAUUCUCGCGCCGGGAGCUGCUGCGACUGGAGCAACUCCCACAGAACGAACUCGAUUCUACAAGGAGUUCUUGACCCCCGCACUGCACCGGCGCUUCAUAAAAGCAGUGGGCAUACUGCUCGCUGUCUGCUAUGUCUUCGGCAUAAUCAUCACAAGCUUCCGCGGCACCAUAGUAACAGCAUGGUUUCCGCUCGGUCCAGCUGGAGCUCGCGCAUCACUUCUUCUCAUAACAUGUCUCUCCAUUCUGGUUGUACGGGUCGCAAACAUGCACAUUGGCGAGCGCAUCACGAGCAGCGUUGCAGAGACAGCGUAUGAUCUGGUGUGGAGGAGACUGGGCAAGUCACUGCACACAGUCGGAUGGUAUGCUCUUUCAGGCUGGUUGUUUGGGGAGUUCUAUGUCUGGACGAGAGGUGACAGCGCGGAGCUGGGCUUGGUGCUACCUUACGAGUCGUAUGAGCGACCGAGGCUGAACGAGAAUCCCAUCUUCUUGAGGAGCCUCUUCAUUGUGCUAGGAGUGUUGCAAGCCGGACUGCACUUGGUGAAGGACUACGAUUGUGUCAAGAUACCCGCGACUCCACGAGAAGAGCGGGAGAAAGAGGAAGAGGCGAAGAAGAAUGCCUUGACAAGGAUCCUCUCACCAGAGGCUGUCGCGAGACUACCAGCGGUGGUGCGAACAUUGGCUGACAAGCUGGGCCCGAUCGUGCACGGUGCUGUCAACAUCACCAUUAUCACCGUCAUCGCACAUCUCUUCAUAUACUUCCUGGUCCUGAGGCGGCCUCUCUGGUCCUUCUUCUACAGUAUGGCACGAACCUGGUUCCAGCUACCGAGCUCUGCACCACCACCAGGCAUUUCCGACCUACACAUUUGGGCUCUAUUCCGCCAGACAUUGACAGCACCACUGGCACUAUCGAUCCUGUGGGAGAUCUCGAACACCAUUUUCAGCGUCUUUGUCGCUCAAGCACCGAUUCUGAAAGAUGCGCCUCUGACCAGUGGGGUCAAGGAUGCCAGAGGUGUCGUGCUGCGCAAGAGCAAAGACCCGAACAGCAGCUUGUUGAAUGGCUUGAAGACAAAGCGGGAGCUGAACAAGACUUUCGCCUUCUGGGAGCUAUAUCUCAUUGCCACCAAAUACGACGACAGGCGGAAGACAAUCUACACCGAAGUUGCAAGAAAGGACGGCAGCACGUGGUCGCAGAUCUGCGACAUUGCCCUGAAGGAAGUGGAAGCGAUCACUGCGCGUAUUCAGGCGGCGACCGUACCAGAGCAGAAGCCGGUGGUGAGAGAGGAGCAACCCCUGCAGCGAUUGACUGAAGAUGAUCUUGGAACGCCCAAACCAGAAAAGAGAGGUCUCCCGAAGAUAGCAGAUCGCGAAGUAGCCGGUGAUGGCGACGUCUUCGCAAAGAAGGCACCAGAUCUUGUACAGACAUUCGGCAACUUUGCGAGGAGCGUCGGCCAGUCGGCAAACACCCAGAACCCCAUCACACCCACCGCGCUGAAGUACAUCGAAUACGGCGCGGAUCAGCUUAUCCCAAAGGAGACCCAACAGCGUCUGUCUCGUAGCCACAUGCAAGAAGAAGCAAAUGGCUUCUUCGCUAAGGUGCUCCGAUCACCAAUCGGCGAGGCCUUCAAGAACACCUUUGCGCGUCAAGUCAAGAAGGUUGUCUUCGGCUCACCUACCUCGAACAAAGCCAACAUCGUCUUCGCCGUGAAGUCCCUCACCGAGCUGGGCGUGAAGAGUCUGUCGGAGGAUGAUUACGGUCAAGUGCAGAAGGACAUCCCCAGGAUUAUCCGCACCUUCACCACCACGAUCAAGAACAUCGAGACUUACACACGUACUCUCAAGCCGAAUUGGACGGACCUUGGCUUCACCGAGCAGGAUCGACAAGUAGCGGAGGUGCAGGAGCUGCUGGAGAUCCUGAAGACAAGUCUCAAGCAGAUUAUGCUGCAGUUUGGCGAGUAUGCAAAUACUCUGGGUCUGAGCAAGAAGGAGGUGCGUGAAGCAGGCGAGGCUACGGGUGAUACGCCUGCUCCUGUGGCACUUAUUGGUGGCAGACCGACACGGCCGAAUGAUGGGGCGUUCGAGCGCCCGGAGAUGCAGCAGGUUGGCAAUGACGGCGGGAUUGGCGCCGGUGGUAGACUGCGGCGGACUGGUCGCUAG